UGUAAGAUCCGGAAAAUAUGUUCACUUCUCUGCUUAACACUCUCUCUAUGUUUUAUGAAACAUGCAUGUCUGAUUUCUAGAGAUAUUAUGAACAAUUGGGGUCUAAUGUUUCCUAGUGUUCACUAUCGACUUAUGAAAUUGCAAAACUGAAGAAAAAUACCCAAAACCCAGAAGCAAAUUGGGAAAGAAACGAUGAAUGUCAAAGCAAAGAACACGUUUAAGAACUGUACCUGAGAAAUCGCCUGUAGAGAAGAAGAGAUAUAGCUCGAGACUUCUUCAGCAGAUUCUGGAGAUCAUAAGAUAUUUUACAUGAAGAUCCUUCCAUUGAUGCUCAUUGCCUUCGUCAUACUCUUGUCUGCUCCGAUCAAAGUUGUUGGUGCAAAUUGUUUAGUUGCCAUCGAUAAAGGAACCAAACUGCCGAGUUACUGUUGUGGAAGACUGGUAAAGCCACAACCAUGUGCUUGUAAGUAUUUUAUUAAGAACCCUGUCCUCUUGCCCAGACUUCUCAUUGCUUGUCGUGUUCCUCAUCCUAAGUGUUAAAGAUCUACAAAUUAUACAUUUACAACAAUAAUACAGCACACUUAUUUUGACCGGUAUUUGUAAUCUACUGAUUUGUAUAUCAUAAUCUAGAUUUAAAAUAAAGGUUUUUAUUAAUACAUA